CGACGCAAUCGCACGACAUUCAACAGUCAACAGCUUGUCGCAUUAGAAAAAGUUUUUGAAAAAACCCAUUACCCCGACGCCUUCGUGAGGGAAGAACUUUCCAGAAGAGUCAAUCUGAGUGAAGCCAAGGUUCAGGUCUGGUUUCAGAACAGACGAGCGAAGUUUCGUCGUAACGAAAGGAACAUUUUGCUGCAGAGGUCGGCCUUCUAUUCAUCUCCAACGGCAGCAGGAAUGGACUUGUAUCCAUUCGCUCAAACUGCUCUCAACUACCAUGGAACAUCACCGUCACCUAUCUACCAUCCAUACAGAUCUGAUUACUUUGGUAUAUAUUUUUUGAUAUAUAAACAUAUCACUCGAUAA